CUUCUAUGGAAUAUUACAUUAUGAAAAGCAACUAAAGAAGAAAAACCCAGUUUUUUAGUCGGUAUUCUCAAUAGAGAAAACAUGACAAGGGGUUCUAUUGAUCGCGAUCGUGCCUUUUCCCCUUUUCAGAACCAAAGAACCUGAGACGGUCAACACGUUAUUUGAGAUAACUGUCACAUUGUUGGACAAGAUAAAAUUUCAAACAUGAUCGGAAAGUGUUUUUGUGUGCGAUUUUUAAAAUGAAUCAGAUUACACACAACUUGUGAAAAAUAAAUACAGAUUUGAAACAUCCGCCAUUCGGGGGGAUCAUUGUCAGUAUUAUAACAUUACUUUAAUGGAAAUGCCAGUGUAGCGUGAAGGCCUUUUAUUAUUUGUGCUGAUGAGGUGGGGACAGUUUACCGCGCACAGGAGAGGAGAAACUCAGCUGAAUAAAUUGAUCCUAGUCAACUGCACUGUAUAGUGAGGUCUCACUGAUUGAUAGAAGAGGAUAUAAAUACAGUGUGUACACGUUUUACUCUUGUCACAUCAUGAGCCAUGAAAAGGGCCAUGAACUAGAUGAGUAGAAUGGUAGACGGGCUUAACAGUGCAGCUAAUAGGUUCGUAAUGAGUCCUCUUUUCUGCAUUCUGUCUUUGGGGCUGGCCUGUCUGUCGACUUUAUUCCAGACCAUAGCUUUCAGCACACAUACCUGGGUCGUAAUGACAGACUUCAUCACUGAAAAUGGUCAAGUCAGCAGCAUCAAAAUCUACACUGGACUCUGGUACACUGUAACGUGCCAGAACGGCGCCUGUAGAUCCACCACUCAUUUAGACACCUACAGGGAAGAUAUAGACGCUGGCAGGAACUACAAAGAAAUACAAUAUUCUCUGCGUGUAUGGUCGCAGACCUUAACAACAAUAGCCCUGAUUUUCUCCAUUGUGUCUGCAGUCACAUGUGUUCCAUUUCUCUGCAAACCCAGGCACGUCCUGCGCCAUCAUUUAAUUAUUGUGGUGUGUUCAUUCAUUUCAUUUUGCCUGUUGAUGGCGGUAGUUUUUAACUGGACUGCAGAAGUAUCUGCUAAUGCAAAUCUGGAAGAAUUAAAACCAGAUUCUACCAGAACGUUUGCCUUUCCUUCAUCCCUCCUUCUUGCCGGUUUUGGAGGAUGUGGAAAUCUAGUUUUAGGUAUCCUUCAUGUCGUGUUUUUAUUCCGUUCUCUUGCUCCAUCAGAUUCUGUGCAAAGAGACACAUUUCAACCAAACGCUUAUGUACAGUUAACCACUCAAACUUCAGUGAUUUCACAACUUUCAAACGGCUCUCACGAAAGAAAACAUUUAACAGUUGAGAAAGAAUUUUUAGAUGAACCUAUAGAAGAAAAUUUAGAAGAAAGUGAAAUGGACACACAUUCCCUAAGCAACCAUUCAGAUCAGAAAAUGUUAAAUACGGAGAACGGUGAGGAUUUGUAACCAAGUCAUAAAGGAUAGUAACGUGUUCCCGUCAGCAUAGGACCAAAAGAAUUCCCGUUGUAUAAGAUACGGCAGGAUAAAACCAGCUUAACUUUUGACAGGAUAUGAGGAAAAUUUAUCAUGAGGGUGUAAAAAGCGAGGCAACACCCGCAAUAUCAAAGGAUCGGGGUUUUCUUGUUGUUUAUCUCAUACGAGAGAGCAAUUUACACCAGUAAUCCGAAAGGAGAAAACCUGUUCAAUGCACUGAUAGAGUUCAACGUUCAGAACUGGACAAAUUAAAAAAAAUACAAUUAUAAGUUCCACUUUAAGUUACAGGAUAUGAACGCCGCGGUUACCAUGUAAUCUGUAUGUGUGGCAGAUCUGUAGCUUAUAUUUGUCACAAACUAGUGCUUUGUUUUACAAUACAUGUAUAUGUAAGUGGUGCUAAACAUGUAUAUAUGUUUGCAUUGGGAAGAAAUUUAAUUUACAAAUCUCUUAUUUUUUCAAAAAAGAAAAAACAGGCCAGUUACAAUUUGCUAUCAUCGGGAUUUAUUCGAACCUGAAAAAUAAAUGCUUGGCAGAUAAAUAAUUGCAUUCUAUUUUCCUCUGUGUUGUUAAGGAUAUUUAUUUAAAAAUACACGCCAACGUGUCUUAUUUUUGUCUAUUUCAGGGUACUCAACUUGUAGUUAGAACACCUCCUUUUAGAGCUCAUAAUACUUUUAAAAAAAUUCUUGAAUAAAUCCUUUUCGUAAUGUAUACGGGAAGUAGGAAAAUUGAGUGAGAAUAUCGGUACUUUCUCAGUAAGUAAAUCCAUUUCUACCCCCACCCCACCCCCCACCCCUCCGACAUGCCACCAAUUUCACCUUGCAAUAAUUCAUCCAUAUCUCUUGUGAAUCGAUAAUAGAAAAUGCCCUUAACAGCAAUACUCAUUUCAAAUAUACUGCAAAUUAAACAUAAUGUACGUCUUGGGAUUAAUCAGUGUACACUAUUGUUAAUGCUCUCUUUGGAUAUCAACGUGUAUUUGCAUUUAGUGGUUCUAGCUCUCAUAGUCAUUUCGACAUUUUGUUUGGCAAAGAAGUGAGAUCAUUAAGGAUAGAAAUUAAUCUUAAAGGUUGGAAGCUAUUGAUUAGAUCUGUAAAAUUUAUACAUAUUAGCCCCAAUUCUACUCAGAGGUAAACGAAGAAAAAUUUUGGUAAAUCGAUUGAAUUACAGAGACCGGAAUCAUUUCUUAGCCGUUUGCAAAACCAUCUUACAAAGGAGGACCACCCUUACCAAAAUACAAAAUUAAGUGAAUAAAAAGGACAUUAAAUUAUGAUUUGAAGUUCGUCAAUACUGCCUUUUUGAUCAGUCAGGUGAACCUUCAAUAUAAUUGUGAAUCGUGGUUGUACUAUGAAAUGUUUUUUACCGUAAAAAUCAACCUUCUCUUGGCGUUUACUAUUUGUUUGUUUGUAUGCCAACCUUGUUUUUUUUCUUUGAACAUUUUUAUAAUUUAACACUUUAAUUCUUAUUGUUUUUUUUUUUAAAUCUCUUAAAAUUGCAUUUUUAGAAUUUCGAUUUUUACUUCACUUUUUUGAGUUGGUAGUUUCUUUAUGUUUCAUUUGUUACUAAAUAAGUUUGUAUUUCUGUGAGU